AGAAAAAUAUAUCAUUUUUGUCCAUACUGAUUUCUCUCCUUUUUUUAUAUAUUAACGAUUCAAAUAUAUCUGUCGCGAUGUAUUUGCAUUGUGUUACGCGAAAGAGUAUGAGACCUACGUCAUUUUUGUUGUAUAUUUGUUGGUAUGACAAUAUUGAUUUUCAGCUUGAGCUAAAUCAAGUUCUUUCUGUACUACAGCAUUGUCCUGUUUAGUUGACGUCCAAAAUGUGGCAAGACAACCAAGUCAAAUUUGAUAUUUCUCAUUCUAAUAUGCAACUUCGACCUGGUGAACUUACCGUUGACAAACUUGAUAUGAUAGAAGAUACAAAAGGCAAUGGUGGGGAUUUAGGAAGACUAAUUGUCACCAACUUGAGAAUCAUAUGGCAUUCUUUAUCCUUGCCACGAAUUAACUUAAGUAUAGGCUAUAAUACAUUUAUCACAGUGAAUACGAAAAUUCUUCAUACGAUUCAUGGUGUAUAUGUACAAGCUCUUCACAUAUUAACUUCAUUUCGAAAUUGUCGAUAUGAAUUCAUAUUUACAAAUCACGACAUUAAAAGUACGAGACACUACACUUCGGUUAUAGGUGUUUAUAGAGCUUACGUGUCAUCGAAAAUCUAUAGAGAAAUUAAAUUGAGGAGUGGUAUUAUAUGUGAAAAUCGGCUGGUUUUAUUACCUCAAGAAAAGGUGCACUCCUCUGUGAAGGAUAUUUGGAAUUUAUCUAUUGAACAGGGGAAUAUCGGAACUUUUAUCAUAACAAAUAUACGUUUGGUAUGGUAUGCGGAUGUAAAUUACCAAUUUAAUGUAUCGAUUCCUUAUCUUACCAUCGGAAAUAUUACUAUAAGGACAUCGAAAUUUGGACCAACUUUAGUAAUUUUAAGUACAGAAACCAGUGGAGGAUACAUCUUAGGUUUUCGCGUUAAUCCCUUGCAACAGCUUCAUAUUACAUACAAAGAAAUAUCAAUACUUCGUUCAGAAUUUGAAAAAUUUCCUAUUUUUGGUGUGGAAUAUACAUUUGAACAUCAGGCACCUGCGCAAGAAGAGAUUAGUGUAGAACACUUCACUGAGAUACAAGAUAAUCAAGCUGAAAUAUCAAAUAUAUUUGGUUAUUAUUUCUCUGAGAGAGAAACAAGUCAAAGAAAGCCAAAUUAUUCGAUUCAUUUAGGACUUGCGACGGAAGAGCCAAGAGAAGGCAGCACAUUACAGAAUUUAUGGGAACUUGUACCAUCAUCUGUUAAUUGAUUUCUUUAAAUCAGUACUCAGCAUUAUAUGCAUAUUUUGGGCCGAUUCCGGCGAGCGACCCUCACUACCGCUCGAUACUCAGUGGCUGGGCCGCCGAGCACUCACGUGACAUUCUAGCUCAGGAGCAUCUAUGUAGCUUAAAUGUGCGGAGGUCAUAUCUUACGUUAUAAAAGAAUAUUUUUCUUGCAAAAUAAUUUUUAUUUUCUUAAAAAAAU